AUGUCUUCUAAAGUGUCCCGUCGUUUCUUAUUUUCUUCGAUUUCCCCGAAAUAUUACACCAGAUUCCCCAGUAGCAGCUUCCUUCAGCAGCGCGAGUAUAGCAAAGAGGUCCACGAUCACUUCUUUAAUCCGCGAAAUGCAGGCUCCUUUGAUAUGAACGACCCCGAGAACAAAAACAAAGUGGGGACGGCAAUAGUGGGGAAGGCUGCAUGCGGCGACGUUAUAAAGCUGCAGGUGAAGGUAGAGGAUGGGAAGAUAACAGACGCUCGCUUUAAAACAUUUGGCUGCGGGUCAGCGAUUGCUUCGUCUUCAUAUGCGACAGAAUUAAUCAAAGGCAAAACGACGCAGGAAGCGCUGAAGCUACGCAACACAGAUAUUGCAGCGCAUCUGAAUUUACCCCCUGUGAAAAUUCACUGCAGUUUAUUAGCAGAAGACGCAGUGAAGUUAGCGAUCGACGAUUAUAACAACAAACAAACAAAAAUAAAAGAAUUUAAACAGUAA